AAAAAGAUGGGUAAGAAAAAAGGUGGGUGUUUCUAAAUAUACCCAUAAAAUUCCAGCAAUUUCUAAUUGCACCUAGCGCCUUGCCUAUAAUAUCGUUCCUUUAGCAAAACCCGCAUCCUCUUGCGGUUUGCGAUUUUUCAUUCUUGGCACCAUAGCCUUGGUUUUGUGGGGUUUAAUUUCUCAGAGGAACGCGCGCUUAUUCUCAUCAGCCAAUAUGCAGGCGAGUGACAGGUUCAACAUCAAUUCCCAGCUGGAACACCUUCAAGCCAAGUACGUGGGAACGGGGCAUGCUGACUUGCACAGAUAUGAAUGGGCUGUGAAUAUUCAGCGUGAUAGCUAUGCCUCCUAUGUUGGUCAUUAUCCCAUUCUUUCCUACUUCGCUCUUGCUGAGAACGAGUCCAUUGGCAGAGAACGCUACAACUUUAUGCAGAGAAUGCUUUUGCCUUGCGGUCCUCCCCCAGAAAGAGAAGACGAUUGAGAAUCUUCUUUUAAAAAUAAUGAUGUGAAUUUGAUGUAUUCUGUUUGCUGGAACGUUGAGUUCAAGUUGUAUGUUUGUUGUUGCACAUGGAUGAAUGGUUGGAAUGUAAACUUUUGAAUAACAGAUUUUGUAUGCCGUUGUGCCUUUAUCAGUGAACAGUUUCAAUCAGAGUUGUGUA